CGAUCGCGCGCGCGCGCUCUCUGCCUGCUACGAUGGCCGCCGCCGAUGAUCUCGCCCGCAGAAUCGCAGCCUUCUUCCCUCUCCCCCGGCCUCCUCAGAAGCAGCAGCUCUCCGAAGUAGCCGCCGCCGUCCUAAGCGCGGGUGGCCGCCUCGGCCGCGCCGUGGGCGACGUCUUCCGCCGCCUGCGCAUCGACGACAGCCUCGACAUCGCCUUCGGGCAGCGGACCCGGAGAAUCUCCGGCGCCGGAUCUGCCGAUGACGCGCGGAGCAAGGGAGGGCUCACGGCCGGGGCGUCGCCCGAUCAUCCUGCGACCUCCGGGCGUUUCGCGCGGUCGCAGGGGAGCAUGAUCCUGUCGGCGGCGUUCGACAGCAGGACGAACGACGUGGAGAGCUCGGUGGCGGCACGCGGCGACCUCUGGCGCGCGGAGGCGUCGCACACCAGCAGCAGCAGACGCGGCGACGGCGGCGCAGCGCCGCUGUUCCUGGUGCAGCUCGGGCCGUUGCUCUUCCUCCGCGACACGACGCUCCUGUUCCCGGUACACCUUUCGAAGCGGCACCUCGUCUGGUACGGCUUCGAGCGCAAGAACGGAGUGCAUUCCGUGUGCCCGGCUUACUGGUCAGCUCAACGGAAAUGGUUCUUCAUGUCCAUGAUCUGUCUCAACCCAGUUGCUUGCUCGUUCAUGGACAUGCAAUUACCAAACGGGCAACUGAGAUAUGUAGCCGGCGACGGGUUCACGGCGCGCGGCUUCAUCCCAAUCAGCGACGGCGGCAUUCUCCAGGCCCACGGAAAAUUCCCAGGAGAGAAGAGAGUUAGUUUCUCCUACAAGAACCGGAGCGGAGGCAGCAUCACUCCAACGGUCCAGUGGCCCGACAAGUCCCUCUCGUUGGGGCUAGUCCAGGUGCUCUCCUGGAAGAGGUGUGGCCUCAUGCUGCAGCCAGCACUGCAGUUGAGCAUGUGCCCUACAUUCGGUGGGAGCCGCCCCGGAUUGUCCAUGGAGUUGGACCACUCAGUGAGCGAAAAUGCUAGCGUUGCUUGUGGCUACUCUCGAACUACUUCCCCUUCCGCCUAUGCUUCCGUAUCGAUCGGAAGAUCAAAGCUGAAUAGCGGUGCGGUAAGCUCAGGGUUAGUGUUCAGAGUAGACGCCCCUCUCCAUGGUUUUGGUCGGCCAUGGUUCUCGAUUCAGAUGAACAGUGGGCUCGAGUUCUGAAACUCAGAUUGAUUGGUGGGUGGCUCAAAUUUAUCGCAAAAGAGAAAUACAUACGGCUUUGCGAGUUGAAACACAUCUACAUGCAAUGUUAAUUUUGUACAUAUGGAUGACAAGGACUGUGUCAUUGAGAAUAUACAUGUUACAGAUCAUAUGAUCUGCCCGAAUUGAGGGAAACAACAUUUCAAACAUGGUCAAAUUUCUUCUUCUAA